UUCUGAUAGAAUGAAUUACAGAUUACAUUGGGGGAAGACCCCCAGUCUUACUCUGUAGUUUUAAGUCCUGAGUGUGAGAUUUCUUCCUGUGCUGAGAUGGCCUCAAAUCUCCUGCAGACAGAUUGAAACCUCCCCAGACCUCCUGUCAGACUUGUGUCUGUUCUUGUUGCUGCUGGGUGUGCUUCUCACUGUUGUGUCUUUGAACACCAUGGGCUCGGACCUGCUGGUGACUGUGCCCUGUGUGAUGUGGCUUGUGGUUGCUGUUGCUAUGGAGACGCAGCAUCUGCUGGGUUGUGGGGCAUCUGCAGAGAGUGGUUCUGUUGUUUGGUUCUGUUGCUUGGCCCAGGAGUGUGCUGCCUUGGCCUCAGGCUUCUUGAAUUCUCCUGAGCAUGUGGUAUGAACCCUCUCAGUAUGUGGUGUGAACAUUCCUGUGCAUGUGGUGUGAACACUUCCGAACAUGGGGUAUGAACACUCUCAGCAUGUGGUGUGAAUACUCCUAAACAUGUGUGAACACUCCUGAGCAUGUGGUGUGAAGACUGCUGAGCGUGUGGUGUGAACCCUGUCAGCAUGUGGUGUGAACACUCCUCAGCAUGUGGUGUUAACACUCUAAGCAUGUGGUGUGAACACUCUCAGCAUGUGGUAUGAACACUCCUGAGCUUGUAGUUGAACCCUCCCAGCAUGUGGUGUUAACACUCUCAGCAUGUAAUGUGAACCCUGUCAGUUUGUGGUGUGAACACUCUCAGCAUGUGGUGUGAACACUCCUAAACAUGUGGUGUGAACACUCCUGAGUAUGUGGUAUGAAACCUGUCAGCCUGUGGUGUGAAGACUCCUAAGCAUGUGGUGUGAACAUUCCUGAGCAUGUGGCAUGAACCCUCCAAGCAUGCAGUGUGAACUCAGUCCCAAAGACUGUGAACUACACAGUCUUGGGUUCUAGCUCAUGUCAGGGUUCAGCUUUUCUCAGGGACAGAAGCUCCUCAUUGCUUCUGUUUGCUGUGGAGGUGGCCCUCUGAGGUUUAUUACUGAAGUGAGAGUCAGCUCUGCCAGUGCCCAGCCUUAGUCCAAUUUCUGCUCAUAGAAGUUGUUGCUUGCUCUUCAAAGGGAACUAAAAUUCACCAGCUAGGGUGGGCCUGUGGCACAGCAGUGAGGACACUGGGUGUGCACGUCCUGUCUCAGAGUGUGUGCGUGAGUCCCAGCUCAGCGCCCUGCUGAUAUGUACCCUGAGAGGUGGCAGUGAGGACACUGGGUGUGCACGUCCUGUCUCAGAGUGUGUGCGUGAGUCCCAGCUCAGCGCCCUGCUGAUGCACACCCUGAGAGGUGGCAGUGAGGACACUGGGUGUGCACGUCCUGUCUCAGAGUGUGUGCGUGAGUCCCAAAUCAGCGCCCUGCUGAUGCAUACCCUGAGAGGUGGCAGUGAGGACACUGGGUGUGCAUGUCCUGUCUCAGGGUGUGUGCGUGAGUCCCAGCUCAGCGCCCUGCUGAUGCACACCCUGAGAGGUGGCAGUGAGGACACUGGGUGUGCACGUCCUGUCUCAGAGUGUGUGCGUGAGUCCCAGCUCAGCGCCCUGCUGAUAUGUACCCUGAGAGGUGGCAGUGAGGACACUGGGUGUGCACGUCCUGUCUCAGAGUGUGUGCGUGAGUCCCAGCUCAGCGCCCUGCUGAUAUGUACCCUGAGAGGUGGCAGUGAGGACACUGGGUGUGCAUGUCCUGUCUCAGGGUGUGUGCGUGAGUCCCAAAUCAGCGCCCUGCUGAUGCACACCCUGAGAGGUGGCAGUGAGGACACUGGGUGUGCACGUCCUGUCUCAGAGUGUGUGUGUGAGUCCCAGCUCAGCGCCCUGCUGAUAUGUACCCUGAGAGGUGGCAGUGAGGACACUGGGUGUGCACGUCCUGUCUCAGAGUGUGUGCGUGAGUCCCAGCUCAGCGCCCUGCUGAUGCACACCCUGAGAGGUGGCAGUGAGGACACUGGGUGUGCACGUCCUGUCUCAGAGUGUGUGCGUGAGUCCCAGCUCAGCGCCCUGCUGAUGCACACCCUGAGAGGUGGCAGUGAGGACACUGGGUGUGCAUGUCCUGUCUCAGAGUGUGUGCGUGAGUCCCAGCUCAGCGCCCUGCUGAUGCACACCCUGAGAGGUGGCAGUGAGGACACUGGGUGUGCACGUCCUGUCUCAGAGUGUGUGCGUGAGUCCCAGCUCAGCGCCCUGCUGAUAUGUACCCUGAGAGGUGGCAGUGAGGACACUGGGUGUGCACGUCCUGUCUCAGAGUGCGUGAGUCCCAGCUCAGCGCCCUGCUGAUGCACACCCUGAGAGGCGCAGGUGAUGGCUCAUGUAGUUGAGUUGCUGGCUACCUUUUGGAAAACAGGAUUGAGUUCCCAGCUUGUGGCAUCAGCCUGGCUCGGUCCCUGCUACUGUGGGCAUUUAGGGAAUGAACCAGCUGGUGGAAGAUCUAUCCACCUCUGUUUUUCAAAUAAAUAGAAAUAAGUAAAGAGAAAUGAAAACAUACUCCUAUAGUCUACCUAGUUUUUCUGAAAAUUUAUUGCCAGAGGUUUUUCUUAUUCUGACAUCUUGUCAGAGUGACUUUUCAAAGGAAAUAAGAUAAGAGAGCAUGAGCUAUUCUCUGGGAUGGGCAUGCACAGACACAUACAUACACACACACAGUGCACACACAUGCACACACUCAAUGUAUACAUCUACAUCUACACAACAUACCUACAAGCACACACAAUACACACAAUACACACACAUGCACAUAUACAUGCAUGCACAACUCAACACGUACACACAAACGUGUACACACAUGUAUUCACAGUACACAAGGCAUGUUUGGGGAGUGGUGAACAGCCUGUGCUACUGAGGCAGUGGGGGUCCUUCUGGGGAUGCGUGGGGUGGCAGCUAGAAUGUAGGCACCAGAGUGUUCCAUCACUCACUAGUUGCACAAGCUCAGUCUGCUGAUGACUCCUAUCAGAUGCAGCUCUGGGCUCCCUGUGCCGCAGGGGCAGGGUCAGCUCAGUGCGGUGGUGUGUGUGGUGGCACCCGAGCAGGGGCUGAGGCAGAGCCCGUCCGCACUCCUGAGCAGAAGGAUGGCUCGCUUCGGGGAGGCGGCGGCCGGCAGGCCUGCCUCAGGCGAGGGAGAUUCGGACCAGGGCAGGAACCUGCCAGGAACGCCCGUGCCGGCCUCGGGGUCCGCGGCCGCCUACAAGCAGUCGAAGGCGCAGAGGGCGCGCACCAUGGCCCUGUACAACCCCAUUCCCGUCCGGCAGAACUGCUUCACGGUGAACAGAUCCCUGUUCAUCUUUGGAGAAGACAACAUUGUCAGGAAGUACGCCAAGAAGCUCAUCGACUGGCCGCCGUUCGAGUACAUGAUCCUGGCCACCAUCAUCGCCAACUGCAUCGUCUUGGCCCUGGAGCAGCACCUGCCUGAGGACGACAAGACCCCAAUGUCCCGCCGACUGGAGAAGACAGAGCCCUACUUCAUUGGGAUCUUCUGCUUUGAGGCUGGAAUCAAGAUCGUGGCCCUGGGGUUCAUCUUCCACAAGGGCUCCUACCUCCGCAAUGGCUGGAACGUCAUGGACUUCAUCGUGGUCCUCAGUGGCAUCCUGGCCACGGCGGGGACCCACUUCAACACGCACGUGGACCUGAGGACCCUGCGCGCCGUGCGUGUUCUGCGGCCCUUGAAGCUGGUGUCCGGCAUCCCCAGCCUGCAGAUCGUGCUCAAGUCCAUCAUGAAGGCCAUGGUGCCCCUGCUGCAGAUCGGCCUCCUGCUCUUCUUUGCCAUCCUCAUGUUUGCCAUCAUCGGCCUCGAGUUCUACAGCGGGAAGCUGCACCGUGCCUGUUUUGUGAACAAUUCAGGUGUUCUGGAAGGAUUUGACCCCCCUCACCCGUGUGGCGUGCAGGGCUGUCCGGCCGGUUACGAGUGCAAGGACUGGAUCGGCCCCAACGACGGGAUCACGCAGUUCGACAACAUCCUCUUCGCGGUGCUCACCGUCUUCCAGUGCAUCACCAUGGAGGGCUGGACAACCGUGCUGUACAAUACCAAUGAUGCCUUAGGAGCCACCUGGAACUGGCUGUACUUCAUCCCCCUCAUCAUCAUCGGAUCCUUCUUUGUGCUCAACCUGGUCCUGGGAGUGCUCUCCGGGGAGUUUGCCAAAGAGAGAGAGCGAGUGGAGAACCGCAGAGCCUUCAUGAAGCUGCGGCGUCAGCAGCAGAUCGAGCGCGAGCUGAACGGCUACCGGGCCUGGAUAGACAAAGCAGAGGAAGUCAUGCUUGCUGAGGAAAACAAAAACUCGGGGACGUCAGCCUUGGAAGUGCUCCGCAGGGCAACCAUCAAGCGGAGCCGCACGGAGGCCAUGACCCGUGACUCCAGUGACGAGCACUGUGUCGACAUUUCUUCUGUGGGCACUCCUCUCGCCCGAGCCAGCAUCAAGAGCGCCAAGGUGGACGGGGCCUCCUAUUUCCGGCACAAGGAACGGCUCCUGCGCAUCUCCGUGCGCCAUGCAGUCAAGUCCCAGGUGUUUUACUGGAUUGUACUGAGCCUCGUGGCUCUCAACACAGCCUGCGUGGCCAUCGUCCACCACAACCAGCCCCAGUGGCUCACCCACCUCCUCUACUACGCAGAGUUCCUGUUCCUGGGCCUGUUCCUCCUGGAGAUGUCCCUGAAGAUGUACGGCAUGGGCCCACGCCUCUACUUCCACUCCUCCUUCAAUUGCUUCGACUUCGGGGUUACAGUGGGCAGCAUCUUCGAAGUGGUCUGGGCGAUCUUCAGGCCUGGCACAUCUUUUGGAAUCAGCGUCUUGAGAGCCCUGCGGCUUCUGAGAAUAUUUAAAAUAACCAAGUACUGGGCCUCCCUGCGGAAUCUGGUCGUCUCCCUGAUGAGCUCCAUGAAGUCCAUCAUCAGCCUGCUCUUCCUCCUCUUCCUCUUCAUCGUGGUCUUUGCUCUCCUUGGCAUGCAGCUGUUUGGAGGCAGGUUUAACUUCAAUGAUGGGACGCCCUCGGCCAAUUUCGACACCUUCCCUGCCGCCAUCAUGACAGUGUUCCAGAUCCUAACCGGUGAGGACUGGAAUGAGGUCAUGUACAACGGGAUCCGCUCCCAGGGCGGGGUCAGCUCGGGCAUGUGGUCAGCUGUCUACUUCAUUGUGCUCACCUUGUUUGGAAACUACACACUGUUGAAUGUGUUCUUGGCCAUCGCCGUGGACAAUCUGGCCAAUGCCCAGGAGCUGACCAAGGAUGAGCAGGAGGAAGAGGAGGCCUUCAACCAGAAGCAUGCCCUGCAGAAGGCCAAGGAGGUCAGCCCAAUGUCUGCACCCAACGUGCCCUCCAUCGAAAGAGACAGGAGGAGAAGACACCACAUGUCGAUGUGGGAGCCGCGCAGCAGCCACCUGAGGGAGCGCCGGCGCCGGCACCACAUGUCAGUGUGGGAGCAGCGGACAAGCCAGCUACGGAGGCACAUGCAGAUGUCCAGCCAGGAAGCCCUCAACAAGGAGGAGGCCCCCCCGAUGAACCCCCUCAACCCGCUCAACCCCCUGAGCCCCCUCAACCCGCUCAACGCCCACCCCAGCCUCUACAGGAGACCCAGGCCCAUGGAGGGCCUGGCCCUGGGCCUGGAGAAGUGUGAGGAGGAGCAUGUCAGCCGUGGCGGGUCCCUCAAGGGGGCCCUGGACUGCCAGAGGAGCCCCUUGUCGCUGGGCAGACGGGAGCCGCCAUGGCUGGCCAGGCCCUGUCACGGAAACUGUGAGCCGGCGCUGCAGGAAACAGCUGGGGGAGAGACCGUGGUCACCUUCGAGGACCGGGCCAGGCACAGGCAGAGCCAGCGGCGCAGCCGGCAUCGGCGAGUCCGGACGGAAGCCAAGGAAUCCUCCUCGGCCUCCCGGAGCAGGUCUGUCAGCCAGGAGCGGAGCCUGGAUGAGGGGGCGUCGACAGAGGGCGAGAGAGACCACGAAGCCCGGGGCAGCCAUGGCGGCAAAGAACCAACAAUCCACGAAGAAGAGAGAGCCCAGGACUUGCGCAGGACAGACAGUCUGAUGGUACCCAAAGGCUCAGGGCUGGCUGGAGGCCUGGAUGAGGCCGGCACACCCCUCGUCCUGUCCUCACCCGAGGGUGUGGGGAAAGAGGCAGCACCCACAGAGCAGCAUGCAGAUGGCAGCGGUGAGCCGGCCCUGCUGGGGCACGUGCAGCUGGACGUGGGCCGGGCCAUCAGCCAGAGUGAGCCCGACCUCUCCUGCGUCACGGCCACCACAGACAAGGUCACCACCGAGAGCACCGAUGUCACCGUGGCCAUCCCCGACGCGGAGCCCCUGGUGGAUUCAACGGUUGUGCACAUCGGCAACAAGACGGAUGGAGAAGCCAGUCCCUUCCAGGAGGCUGAGAUGAAGGAGGCCGAGCAGGAGACAGAAAAGCAGAAGAAGAAGGAGAGGCCAGCAAGCGGCAAAGCCAUGGUGCCCCACAGUUCCAUGUUUAUCUUCAGCACCAGCAACCCGAUCCGGAGGGCCUGCCACUACGUGGUGAACCUGCGCUACUUUGAGAUGUGCAUCCUGCUGGUGAUCGCGGCCAGCAGCAUCGCCCUGGCGGCUGAGGACCCGGUGCUGACCAACUCGGAGCGCAACAGAGUCCUGCGUUAUUUCGACUACGUGUUCACUGGCGUGUUCACCUUUGAGAUGGUCAUCAAGAUGAUAGACCAGGGCUUGAUCCUGCAGGACGGGUCCUACUUCCGAGACCUGUGGAACAUCCUGGACUUCGUGGUGGUGGUCGGUGCACUGGUGGCCUUCGCGCUGGCGAAUGCUUUGGGGACCAACAAGGGGCGCGACAUCAAGACCAUCAAGUCGCUGCGUGUGCUUCGUGUGCUGCGGCCCCUGAAGACCAUCAAGCGCCUGCCCAAGCUGAAGGCCGUCUUUGACUGCGUGGUGACCUCCUUGAAGAACGUCUUCAACAUCCUCAUCGUGUACAAGCUCUUCAUGUUCAUCUUCGCUGUCAUCGCAGUGCAGCUUUUCAAGGGAAAGUUCUUUUACUGCACGGACAGCUCCAAGGACACGGAGAAGGAGUGCAUAGGCAACUAUGUGGAUCAUGAGAAAAACAAGAUGGAAGUGAAGGGCCGUGAAUGGAAGCGCCACGAGUUCCACUACGACAACAUCAUCUGGGCUCUGCUGACCCUCUUCACCGUGUCCACGGGGGAAGGCUGGCCUCAGGUUCUGCAGCACUCUGUGGACGUGACCGAGGAGGACCGAGGCCCGAGCCGCAGCAACCGCAUGGAGAUGUCCAUCUUCUACGUGGUGUACUUCGUGGUCUUCCCCUUCUUCUUCGUCAACAUCUUUGUGGCCCUCAUCAUCAUCACUUUCCAAGAGCAGGGGGACAAGAUGAUGGAGGAGUGCAGCCUGGAGAAGAACGAGAGAGCAUGCAUCGACUUCGCCAUCAGUGCCAAGCCACUCACCCGCUACAUGCCGCAGAACCGGCACACAUUUCAGUACCGCGUGUGGCACUUCGUGGUGUCCCCAUCCUUUGAGUACACCAUCAUGGCCAUGAUCGCCUUGAACACCGUCGUGCUGAUGAUGAAGUACUACUCUGCCCCCUGCACCUACGAGCUGGCCCUGAAGUACCUGAACAUCGCCUUCACCAUGGUGUUCUCCCUGGAGUGUGUCCUGAAGGUCAUCGCUUUUGGCUUCGUGAACUAUUUCCGUGACACCUGGAAUAUCUUCGACUUCAUCACUGUGAUUGGCAGCAUCACGGAGAUCGUCCUGACUGACAGCAAGCUGGUGAACACCACGGGCUUCAACAUGAGCUUCCUGAAGCUGUUCCGGGCCGCGCGGCUCAUCAAGCUGCUGCGCCAGGGCUACACCAUCCGCAUCCUGCUCUGGACCUUCGUGCAGUCCUUCAAGGCCCUGCCCUACGUCUGCCUGCUGAUCGCCAUGCUCUUCUUCAUUUAUGCCAUCAUCGGGAUGCAGGUCUUCGGAAACAUCAGACUAGAUGAAGAGAGCCACAUCAACCGGCACAACAACUUCCGCAGUUUCUUCGGGUCCCUCAUGUUGCUCUUCAGGAGUGCCACGGGGGAGGCCUGGCAGGAGAUCAUGCUGUCGUGCCUGGGGGAGAAGGGCUGUGAGCCGGACACCACCGCGCCCUCCGGCCAGCAGGAGAGUGAGCGCUGCGGCACUGACCUCGCCUACGUCUACUUUGUCUCCUUCAUCUUCUUCUGCUCCUUCCUGAUGCUCAACCUGUUCGUAGCCGUCAUCAUGGACAACUUUGAGUACCUGACGCGGGACUCCUCCAUCCUGGGGCCGCACCACCUGGACGAGUUCGUGCGUGUCUGGGCAGAGUAUGACCGGGCCGCAUGUGGCCGCAUCCAUUACACUGAGAUGUACGAAAUGCUGACUCUCAUGUCGCCGCCGCUAGGCCUCGGCAAGAGAUGCCCCUCCAAAGUGGCAUAUAAGAGGUUGGUGCUGAUGAACAUGCCGGUGGCCGAGGACAUGACGGUCCACUUCACGUCCACGCUCAUGGCCCUGAUCCGCACAGCCCUGGACAUCAAGAUUGCCAAAGGGGGUGCAGACCGGCAACAGCUGGACUCAGAGCUGCAGAAGGAGACCCUGGCCAUCUGGCCCCACCUGUCCCAGAAGAUGCUGGACCUGCUGGUGCCCAUGCCCAAAGCCUCUGACCUGACUGUGGGCAAAAUCUACGCAGCGAUGAUGAUCAUGGACUAUUACAAACAGAGCAAGGUGAAGAAGCAGAGGCGGCAGCUGGAGGAGCAGAAAAACGCACCCAUGUUCCAGCGCAUGGAGCCCUCCUCUCUGCCCCAGGAAAUCAUCGCCAACGCCAAGGCCCUGCCCUGCCUCCCGCAGGGCCCCCCUGCAGGCCUGGGUGGCCGGAGUGGAUGCCCUGCGAUGAGCCCGCUCUCCCCACAGAUCUUCCAGCUGACCUGCAUGGACCCGGCAGACGACGACGGGCAGUUCCAGGAGCAGCGAUCUCUGGAGCCAGAGGUUAGUGCGUUAGAAACCGUGCAGUCUGCUAACCGUGGCACCCGCCUUCCUCCGGACACCCAGGAGCAUGCGGGAGCUGGGAGGGCCUCCUCCAUGCCGCGUCUGACUGUGGACCCCCAGGUGGUGACAGACCCGGGCUCGAUGAGACGCUCCUUCUCCACCAUCCGGGAUAAGCGCUCCAGCUCCUCCUGGCUCGAGGAGUUCUCCAUGGAGAGGAGCAGCGACAACACCUACAAGUCCCGGCGCCGCAGCUACCACUCGUCUCUGCGGCUGUCGGCGCACCGCCUCAACUCGGACUCGGGUCACAAGUCUGACACCCACCGUUCUGGGGGCAGAGAGCGGGGGCGGUCAAAGGAGCGGGAACAUCUUCUGUCCGCCGACGUGUCCCGCUGCAGUUCUGAGGAACGAGGAGCCCAGGCGGACUGGGACUCCCCAGAGCGCCAUCCAUCCAGGUCCCCCAGCGAGGGCCGGUCACAGAGCCCCAGCAGACAGGGCACGGGUUCCCUGAGCGAGAGCUCCAUUCCCUCCGUCUCGGACACCAGCACCCCCAGACACAGCCGCCGGCAGCUGCCGCCUGUCCCGCCGAAGCCACGGCCACUCCUCUCCUACAGUUCCCUGAAGCAGCAGCCCAGCAACUUCUCUCCACCAGCCGACGGGAGCCAGGGGGGCUCCCUGCUGGCCUCCCCGGCCCUGGAGAGCGCCCAGGUCGGCCUCCCUGAGUCCUCUGACUCCCCGCGCCGCGCCCAGGGCUCCCAUGCCUCCCCCCAGCGCUACAUCUCGGAGCCCUACCUGGCGCUGCACGAGGACUCCCACGCCUCGGACUGCGGCGAGGAGGAGACGCUCACCUUCGAGGCAGCAGUGGCCACCAGCCUCGGCCGCUCCAACACCAUCGGCUCAGCCCCGCCCCUGCGGCACAGCUGGCAGAUGCCCAAUGGGCACUAUCGGCGGCGCCGGCGUGGGGGGCCCGGGGCGGGCGCCCUGUGUGGCGCUGUGGGCGACCUGCUGAGUGACACUGAGGAGGACAAGUGCUAGAGGCCGCUCCCCUCCGAUGCAUGCUCCUGCCUCACUCGGAGAAAACCAAGCUGCAUUGGGAAGCCAGUGCGGCCCGGGGGGGAGGAGGAGGGGGAGCAGGACACAGGCUGCGGAGCUGGGACGCAGGAGGGUGCAGGGGAGCCAGGCUCAGCCUGGAGCUCCAGUUCCCCUCGCAAGGCAGCGGUGGCUGUCUCUUUGCUGCGGAGAGAGGUGCAGGGACACGGGGGCUUAUUCCCAGGGGAAGGGAGGGUCUGGCGGCUUCCCCUUGGCCCUUCCCGCUCUCCUAAGAGCAGUGGAGGGAGCUGGCUGGCCCGAGUCUGCGUGUGCUGCCCCAGGCAGCAGUGGGGACCGCAGGAGGAAGGUGUCCUCCUGCACCCGCACCAGGGCUGUGGCUGGCCUUGCCGAGACAGGCGCUGGAUGCCAGGGCGGAGAGGCUGGUCUGGUGAGAAAAGCCAUAGCCCGCUGCCCCACUGUGGCAGGGACAGCACAGGUGGAGCUGGGCAGGGGCCACCACGGUACUGCGGCUCUGGUGCAGGUGAUGCAGGUGGUACCUGUGACUCCCUGUCACCCUGAGCUGCUCCAGGCAUUGGCCAGGGGGCCCUGAGAGAUUGGGGUAGUGUCCAUGUGACGGGGCCACCUCCUGCCUCAAGGUCACCCCACGCUGCAGUUUGGGGGUGCUGAGCCAAUUCCCUGCUGUUGCCCCAGGAGGGCAGGACCCACACCCGCUGCAGAGGCAGAAGAAGCUGGGAUGGCUCAGGUGGUGGUCACGGAGGACACUGGGGUGGAGGCAGCCUGGGCCAGCACCUGGACCUGGCUCCUCUGAGCAGUGCAGGCCCUGUGCGCCUCCUGCCCUGCUGUGGUGAGAUCUAGGCCUCUCCUAAGCCAGGCAGAGGUGGCGAGGAAGCGAGAAGCCAUCAGGCGGAACCCAGAUCCCCCCAGAUCCUCGGGUGUGGGCAGGGCGUCCUUCCUGCCUGGAUCCUCCGAGCGGGGAGGCUCUGAGGACCCAGAAAGCUCCAUCCUCCAGGGCCCCUGCAGGGGAGCAGCCCAGCUGUUCCCCCUUCUGAAGCUGUGUUCCCUCCCAGCUGACCAGAAGGCAGGCCCAGCCGCGUGGCUGGAGAAACAAUGGCUACCGUCUCACCCUCCCUGCCGCAUGUGGCUGGAACCUCAUGACCCACGGUCAGCCCCAAACCAAAGCAGCCACAGCGAGGUUUCUCCUGAGACCCCCCACCCCGCCCCGGCUUCUCAUCACAGCAGGUGGUGCCUGGGCCAGCUGGGCCUCACUGUCUGCCAGGCGUCAGUUCUCCCUGGUGUGCACAGUGAGGAGGGGUCUGGGGAAAACGCAGCCCCUCCCCAUAGCAGGAGACACGACACGGGCUGGUGUGGCAGUAGCCAGAGGUGGUUCUGGAGCUGCCUGCACACAGCCACGCGAGCUCCGGAACACCUGGACAGAGCCCCUGGUAGCACCUGGCUCUGCCUGGGACCAGGGCCUCCGUAGCUCCCUGCCCAAGAAGUCCACUCCUCUUUCCUGCCUGCACUGCCCCUGUGUAGCUGUGAUCCCACAGCUGGCCAGGGCCUCCUUGGGCACCACCUGGUCCUCUGCUCCAUCCACCCUCGCUGCCACGUCCUCCUGGCCAUUAGGUCCGGAGCUUCCAGAGUUUCUGUCUGGACACGUGUGUGAAAGGCACACUGGGCCCCUCUGAGGUUGCUGACUCACACCCAGUCCCCGGCUAAGGUCCCCGCUCACCGUCUCAGAACAGCAAGGGCUGGAAGGGCCAGACGUCCCAGACUUAGGGCAGGGAAUGGGGAGGCUGUGGGCCCGGCCAGCUGCCCUGGUUGGGGUAGGAGUGGGGGGGCUACUCAUGUCCCCAGCUGCAGGUGAACGGGGGCAGCAUUCCCCUCCCAGGUUAAGAGUUUCUCUCCCCCAACAUGGCCAGAGACUGCCAGGGAAACCAGCGUCUCCCCGCCUUUGGCUGCAUGUUAGCCUGGGACAGCCGAACCUGCACAGGCCAUGCUCCGGGGUGGGCCUGGCUGCCUGCAGGGUGCUUACUGCAGGGGCAAUGCCUGCCACUCACUGGGCAGGGAGCUGAGCCGUCUGAAAUGUCUGCAUUCUCUGGAAAAGCUCAUGCUGGGGAGAUUGGCCUCUUCUGACACUGUUGGAAUAAUCCUGUCUCCGCUGUUUAUCCCAUCCUGUUUCUAAAGCCCACUCUGGGUGUUUCAAGCUGGAGUCUGAUCUCACCCCUGUUGUAGGAUCGUGGUGAGUGUGUGUGUGGGGUGGACACACUCAGGAACUGCCACGAGCUUUUCUGUGACUCAAGGCCUGGGGCCAGUGUGUGCCAAGAAACCCAGUGGGGCCUUCCCCUGCCUGAGCCGUAGCCCCCUCCCUCAUACCCAGUGUUGACUCCAGACAGGUUCCCUAGGGAAACAGACCCAGGUUUGGCUGACUUACCCUCUAAGUCUCCACCCUGAGAUACUUAAGGGGCCAUGACCCUGCCUGUCCAUGCAGAUGACCAGAGGUGAUCCCUGGAGUAGUCCCUGCCUUCAGCACAUUCUUAGUCUCUGGGCAGCCCAGUCCCCUCCCUGCCAGUACGGCGGUGCCCGACGGAGGACAGAGCAUGGCCCUGGCUCCCUCUCCUUGAGCCUUCUGCAUCCCACAGAGGUCAGACCAAGCCAGAGGGAGGUGCUGGAGCCUCAGGGCCCACAGGCGUGGGCCCCAUCCUCUCCCAGGGGUUUCCCAGGAAGCCCUGCCGUGCAGCUUGCCUGGACACAGGGAGCAGGGUGGCUCUGGGGCUUCGCAGAAGGGCCCGCUGGUGUUCUGUGUCUGAAUCUGCUGCUCUUUGGGAGGUCCCUCCACCCCGGGCAACAGUGGGAGGGCUGAGCCCCGGCUCCGGCUCUCCUGCCUGGCAGUCGGCCUCUGGCCCAUGAAAAGCUGCCCCAAAGUACGCUGAGCUUUCUCAGUAACAGCACAUCCGGACACUUGGUCAGGAGAGUUACAAGGGUGCGGCCUCCGUGCUGCCCCCUCCCCGCCUCCCCCAGCAGAGCGCUGCACACCGGGCUGGCCUGGCCCUAGGGCCCAGCGCCUCAGUAACACAGGCUAGGAGUACUUGAGCUCAGAAACGAAUCAGAGGGCAUCCCUGCGAGCGUCCCCCAGGGUCUGUGGACUCCUGGAGCUGCUGUGAGAACCUGGGGGAGUCCCGGGGUGCUGCAGUGCAGGGUUCUGAAUUAGGGCCAUGGACUUGAGUCUUUAGGGGAUUUGCAGAGUCCAGAAAAGCCUUUUCCAGACACAGGGGAUGGAAAGAAGAGAUGCUUGCUUUGAAGCAGCCCGGAGCCUGAGUUCAGCAGGUCAGCAUGGCGGCGCCAGCGUGGAGCAGGUGCAUCUGCCUUCCCAGGACGUGAGCGGCUCAGGGCAUGUGCUGCGUCAGGACCAGCGUUCACACUGCAGGCGCACCUGUCCUGACCCUGAGAGGACACUGCCAGGAGCCAGAGCCCCAGGGAGUCCGUCCACACCCUCUGUGCUUUGGGAUGCAAGGUCCGGCUCUCCUAGCGGAUGGGCAUCCAGAGAGAGGCAGGGUCCCCUGGCCCGUGUCGUUCGAAGGCUGCCACCUGCAUAGCACACACGUGUCAAGCCCCCGAGGACGCCUCCUUGCAGGCAGCACUGCUGAUGGCGUCGGAAGACGGCCACGCCAGCCGCUGGAGCACGGUGCGCCUCCCCCAGAGCCAGGGUCAGCACUGCACGUGGGCCAGACGGAAAUCCUGCAACAUAAAUGCUCGCUUGGAUCCAAAAGGAAACCAUACAAAUAAAGAGAUGAACAACUCUAAUGUUUUGGGGGAAAUCAAAUAAAAUCUUGCUGUAAAGAA